AUGUGGAGUGCCCUGUGCCUGGGCUUCUUGCCCAUUGUAGCAGUCACUGGCCAGGUGACCUUUGAGCAGUACCCCAGGGAAGUGACCCUGCGAGAGGGAGAUGAAGUCACCUUCCACUGCAGCAUGAAGGGAGGUGAUAUGAGCAAGUAUUUCAUGUACUGGUACCGUCAGGGCCCACGGGGCUCUCUGGAAUGGAUUUAUGAAGAUUAUGGAGUAACCUAUGGAGAAGGUUUCAAAGAUCGCUUUAAAGGAAAACUGCAGUGGUCCAAGAACAGCUUCACUCUGCAGCUCCUGGCAGCAACCCCAGGCGAUGCAGCAACUGUGAAGAGAGAUAAGCUUAUAUUUGGACCAGGGACGAUUCUCACAGUUGAACCAAGCAUUUCAAAAACUUCUGAUCCCGAAGUCAUUGUGAUGAAAUCAAAGAAACUGGAAGGAGGUGGCAGCUCUGGGAAAGCAGCUUGUUUGGCAAAGAACUUCGCUACAAAGAACAUCAGCUUGGAGAUGCCCUCUCAGGAGGUGGUCUAUGAACAGAGCCCAUCCAUUCUGACAUCACAGGGGUUGUACAAUGCAAUUAAAGUGGUCAGGGUGACAAAAGACACAGAGGUGACCUGCACGGCCAAAUUCGGCAACCGCACCAUAACAGCAAAGCCAGAAGCCGAGGCUGAAGAACCAAUAACAGGGUUUGGGGAACCAAACAGAACCAGAACAGAGUCAGGGGCCACUGACAGAGUUUGCAACAGCACAGAGCCCUCAGCACAAGAUGCUGGAGGGCAGAGAGUGAGCAUGCUGACCAUGGCUGUGUUGGGGUUGAGAGUCCUGCUGGCAAAGAGCAUCGCCUUCAAUGCCCUCAUGAGCAUCAAGUUGUUUCUUUUCUGAGACAUGGGCAAUGAACCCAAAGAAGAGCAGCAAAGAGCGUGAACCAGCAGCACAAGGGGUUGAACAAGCAGGGCCAGAGCUGCUGACAGAGACCAGUCAGGACACAAGGCAGCACCUUCCCCUGCAGACAUGCAACACUCUUCACUCCUGCCUGGCCAGCUGAUUUACACUGAAGAGUUUUAAGUGCUUUUGCUCUUUCCUCUCCUCUGACAACUGAGCACAGUGGAUUUAUCCUCAUCCUCCUGCUAAGGAGAUUUUGCUCC